GUUUUCUGGCAUACUAGUAAACAAAACAAAAUACAUAAAUCCAGCAAAGAAAACAAAAACUGCAUAUAUUAUUUAACUCUGGUUUUGAAUAAUCAACAAAAUCAACAACGUGUAAUGGAAGAAUUCUGAGCCAAAAACGAUCAGUGUGGCAAAAUUUAGCAGCUUCGAUUCAGAAGAAGGACAAAAACCUGGUCAAAAUGGGAGUCACAGUCUUGCUUCAGUACCCCAUUGCCGAAAACAAGACCGGCCCACAAACGGCAGACCAGCUAAUUAAGCGAAUCGGUGCCCUUGGAGCAUUGCAAAGCGGCCAAUUUCUGGUCGACUGCGAAACCUACAGCUCUGUGCCCUCGAUGGGUGGCCCUCCUCGUACCGUGCACGUUCUCCACAAUUCAGAACAGCCGGCUGCCGUGUUUGCUUUGCUUGAGAGUCCGGGCCCACCACCCAAGACCGUGCCUUUAGUGGCCGACGGUCUUUUCGACCUGCUCAUGAUCAAAAUGGGCAGCAUCUACCAGAACAAGAAGCAAAUACGAAUGGAAGCUCGUGGUGCCCGAUUUGAGCUAGGAGACUUUUUCAUCAAAAUUGGAACAGUUACGAUGGGCCAGAAUUUUAAAGGAGUGCUAGUCGAAGUCGAGUACCGCCCGUGUUCCAUUCCAGCAAAUUGUUGGGACCUGCUGCGCGAAUUCAUGCAGUCCUUUCUCGGAAGUGUUGUCCAGAACUCUCCUCCUCCUUAUUUCCAAAUUCAGAACAAACUGAACGAAGUGUACCAACCCUUGGACACAAUUCAGCAGUACCUUGAUCACUUCAGCUCGUAUAGAAAAGUAGCCGGGCUCUAAAUUAUUUCAUACUGUUUAUAUAUCACUAAAUUUUUGAAAUGUAAUUUUAAUUAUGUAAUGCUCUACUUUCAUAUAAUAAACAUAAAUAAAUGUUAAGCUCAUAAAUUUCAGUUUUUAA